AUGCUGAAACUAUGGUUGUUCAAUGUUUCGGUGAUUAGGACAAUACUGUCGACCAUGUUAUCCAAUAAUUCCCCAAAUCGUAAGUCAUCCAAAUCUAGUGAAGUUUGUCUUGGUUCAGAACAUCGUAUAGUACAUUUGAAUCAAAUGGUUAAUGAAGACCAUUCAUCUAGUAGUAAUUUAUCAACCACAAUUUCUUCCAAUCCCCAUCCAUUGCAUGUUGCAAGAAAAGUUAGCUUUUCUGAUCUACCUUUAGUAAUUAAUGUUGAAGAGCGUCAGCUAGACGGGUUACAUCAAUUUUGUAUCACUACUGAGGACAAAGGCAUCUACGGUGAAGAUGAUGAUUCAGGUCAUCAUAUCGAAGUCCGCGUAUUAAAUCGAGAUAUCGAUGAAAUGCCGACCUUACCGUCAGAAUUGAAAAAUAAACCUGUAUUUGAAAUAAAACUUGGAAUGCUUAAACAAGCCACAGUUUAUCGGACAGAAUUUACAAUACCGGAUAAUUUGAAUUCAGGUGAAGUGGAAAUUCUACGAACUGUUACAGAAAUGGAUGGUCACGUUGGUGUACCAGUUAAUGUCGGUGCUUCAUUUAAUUUACUAAGCUGUGAACCUGUCCCAUCACCUGGUCACGGUCAUAUAAUAAUUAUGGAGAUUUCAACUACAAAACAACCACGUGUCAAUGAGCUAAUCACAUUGCGUCGAGUUGAAACAAUCACAGAUGCUGUUUUUCUACUUUUGCAUGGUAUUUCUUUAGCUAAAGGACAAGGUACUCCACUUCUACGUUCUGGUAUACAUCGAAUUACUGAGAAUCAAGAUUAUAUUGAUUCGGAUGAUUAUACUGAAUGGCCUGGUUAUGUGAAUAUUGAAGAUGAUGAUGACCAAGAGGAAGAGAGUCGUGGUGUAGAGAAGGCGAAAAUUACUCCCGUGGCAACUGAGGAUAUCGAUGCUGAUGAACGUGAUAAUAAUGACGAUGAAUCAACGUAGAAUUUAUUAUUAUUAUUACUAUUAUUAUUAUUAUCUAUUCAAUAUUGUUCUCUAUUCGAUGUUUAUUUUGUGUUUUUCUUUUUGCUGUUAGUUUUCGUUUUGUCGUUAUAUUUUAUUCGGUGCAUAUAAUCGUCUCUUGCUUUGCUCUGGUCGAGUAGUUCUAACUCAUUCUUUUCGACUGAUCCUGUAAUUUUUUAUUUCACACAUUGUUCAUUUAUUUUGCCUCAAUAUCUCUUUGUCUGUCUUGUUUGCUCACUACUUCCUUUGUUUUGUCAUAAUUCGACACUCUCACGCAAUCACAUUUGUUGUUGUCAUAUCUAUUUACGUGUAAGUACUGAUUGACUGAUUAUUGGCUAAGUUGUUGUGAAACUCUCAAUUCUAUCAGUUAUUGGUUUAAGCAGCUGAGACGAUAAGAUCAGUAUUUCUAACUCUUACACCUAAAUAGAGAUGUAUUAUUCUCAUAAACUGGCUGUUAUCGAGUAGUAUUAGCAUGAUAAAUUUUGCAUUACUUAAGUACAAACAGUGACUUAAAAAAACCCACAUGGAUAUACGCUAACGAUGAUGUCAAUAUUUUUAGAGUUGAUCAAUUAUUGUGCUAUAUAGAUAUGUUUAUGCUUAUGGCUUUUGAGAAUAAUGUAAAUUUGACUGAUUCAGUCACUGCUACUAUUAUUAUUAUUACAGCUAAUAUUUCUUUUUUUUAAAAUGAAAAUUCGUGACCUUAUGUUAAAUACUGUUGAAUCUUUUUAAAAAAAAUAAAAUACAAUGAAUAAUUGCAAUAAUAAUCAGUAUGAUAGCAAUACUACUGAUAUUAAAGCCUUUCUUUUCACGAUGUUUCGUUAUUCUUCCUUUUUUCCAAUGUACUCGAAAUAUUCUCAAAAAAUUGUCGUUUGCCUUUCUCAAAAUGUAGAUCAUGAUUGGCGAAAUUUCCUCAUAUAACGCAUCUUUCCUCUCGUUCUUUCUUUAGAACCUAUAUAUUCUCAUUCGUCUGCCUUACUCGUUAUCACAGUUCUUCACUACGAUUACUUUCAAUUUUUUCCCUAUUUCAUAUUUCUUUUAUCAGAAUCCACUUCUCCUACUAAAUGUGAUCUAGUUAUAACAACAACAACUACUACUAAACAAUGAUAAUAAUAAUUAUUAUAUUAUACUAUUUAUAAUAACUUUGAGUUUACUGUAAAUCGCAUGUAUAUAGUAUUCUUUUUUAAUCAUAUGAAAAUAAAUUAUAAGUUGUGUGUUUUUCUGUUUAUUCGUGUUAUUUUUGCCUUAAUAAUUUCCUCAUGUGAUUGACAAGGUUUUAACGAAUAUUCAUUGUAUUAUUAUAGGCGACAUUUAAGUCGUAACUAUUGGGAGGUUCAGUCUUUUUCAAGAAUGAAUUUUUUUAAAUGUUGAUAUUGACAUUCAGACUUCAAAUGGUUACUGACUUAUUAUUAGAAUUAUUUUUAUCCAGUUUUGACCAGUCGUUGUUAACGUACAUGGAUCUUUUGCGCUCAUUGCCCUAAUACAGACAUUUCGCUAUUUGUUUUUUGAAAGAAUGGGCUUUAUUAAAAAUGGGUUACAUCGAAGCAAUGCACCAAAAAUGCACGUUUACCAACGAAGACUAAAAUCUGAUUUUGAACAUCAACUACAGGAUUAUUCAAACGCUGACUGAUGUACAUUCUCAGAUCACAGUAUUUUGUAAUAGUGUUUCAUAAUAUUCACUUGACUUGAAUCUAUAAAUCACAUGUUUUAACACUAAAUCAACUAUGCUUGUUUAAAACAUUUGAAUAAUAGUAUCAUUGACCCUAAGUUAAGUGCGUAAAAAUGUUGAAGUGAUGGAGAGGUAUCCUUUCGACAAACAAGUUUUUUCCAAAAAGAUCACGAAACACAACAAGAAUGAUUUUGAAAUCCUUGUGAAAAUCUGUGACUAAUAAAGCCUUCAACUAUAGUGCCACCUUGUCAUGAGAGGACAGCUUGUCUAUCGUGAUGGUCCAGUCGAGCUCUAUUUAUUUAGACUCUUGUUCCCUUGGGUCCUAU